AUGAUUGAAGAUAUGAGAAGACGUACAUGUAAGAGAACAUCGAAAUCUCAGGAAAAUAAGACGCCCGAGAACUUUCCAUCACAUGGUAUUGAUCAUACAAGUAACUGUGACCAUCGUGAUUCUGGAGAUGAAACUAAUGAGAAAGUUAUUGUUUUGAAGAGUAACAAUGUAGAAGAUUUUAAAAUCAAUGAAACUAAAGCUGUUCACAAAAACGCCUUUGGUUCUGAAAAAGGUGUGAGUGAAGCAGAUGAACCUUGGUUUAUCAUCCCACCUACUGGUAUCGAUGGUCCGUGUUCUCAAAAUCAAAACAGUACUUAUUCAAGUAUCAGUUCGAUAGUUUCAGAUUUUACGAGCAUGAGUCAUUCUGUUGGCAAGAGUACUGGAUCUCACAAGUCCCUUAUAAAUACAUUCUAUACUCCGACAAUGAAACGUCGGCAUAGACUACCGAUUCCUUCGGAAUUUCUUAAUUCUACGUCCUCAGGUCCUGUGAUCUACAAACCAACCACACGAUCAUCGAUGACGAAUAUGUAUUCAGAGAUUAAUAAAUCAAGUGAUCAAGAUUCAGGUCUUUCAUCACAACUAAGUACUACAUUUCAAGCCACGGAUGUGGAAACUCAAAGUGCAGAUUUAAGGGAACAUAGAAAUCUGAUAGGAUCAUCAUCGGCAAGUUGGGCAACUACUUUACGUCAGUCUAUGAAACGAGCGAAUAAUAAACGUACUUUAUUGGCAGGUUGCACUUUAUUUAAUAGGAACCCGGUCGAAGGAAUCAACUACCUAAUUAGAAAUUAUAUUUUAUUGUCUGAUCCCAUUAAAAUUGCUCAAUUCUUAUUCCAUGAACCAAAUCUCAAUCGCCAAGCUAUUGGAGAGUACUUUGGUCUACUUGACAACACAUUAGCAACGAAAGUUUUAAAGGAAUUUUUAUUACUGAUCAAUAUGAAGAAUAUGGAAGUGGAUGUUGCCUUACGUUCAGUUAUCGGACAUUUUCAUCCUUCAGGUGAAUCUCAAAAAAUUGCUUAUCUGAUGCGAAUAUUUCAUGAAGUGUAUAUUAUUCAAAAUCCAGAUCGUGUCCGAAAAAAUUUUUAUAGUCCUGAAACAGUGGAAGUCUUAGCUUAUUCAGUGCUUUUGUUACACACAGAUCUACAUAAUCCUAAUGUUGGAAAAUUGGGCAAACGGAUGACUAAACAAGGCUUUGUUAACAAUAAUCGUGGAAUUGAUUCUGAUCAUGAUGUUCCUACAGAUUUACUGGAAGGUAUUUAUGAUCGAAUAGCUGCUUCCGAGUUCAAGACACUACCAGAUCCAUCAGAUAAACUUCGUGCUUUGGAUGGAGUUUUGGUUGGCCCUUUAAAAACAGAUAACUUUGUACAACGACAUCGUCGUUUUAUUGGCAGGAUACUGACCCAAGAAAUUGAAAAAAUUGCUCCUCGAAAAUUACCGGGUAGAAAUAAUGCUCGAUGGCGCCACGUAUUAAUAUUUAACGAUAUAUUAGUUGUUGUCAAAUCAUUGAAUACAACCCGUUUACGAUCAGGUUCCCUUAUAAAUUCUGUCGCAGCAGUUGCUUUUGGAGAUCAAAAUGCUACGCGUCAUUAUACACCAAGGAACUCCGUAUCUAGAGAUGACGGUAGUUGUAGUCCUUUCGGCCCGGUUCAAGAUGUGACACAAAAAGUGUUCUGUUCAACUGAACCAUUUCCUGGGGAUACAACUUUUCAAGUUCGAAGUGUUUAUCCAUUCCUUGACCUUCGAGUGUUAGUCUUCGAAUCAAAUUAUUAUCGAUACGGAGUUCAACUGUGUAAUUCUAAUGGCCCUGUAAUUAGUUUAAGUAUGCCAUCUGAAGCUUGUCGUCGUCAAUUCAUCGAUUGGGUGUACGGAUCCAUUGCUGAAAUGGAGGAAUUACAACAACAUCAACAAAUUAAGAAAAGUGAAUGUGAACGAACUAUUAUUGUUAAUUGUAAACGGAACCCAACGAAUACUAA